AUGGUCACGGUCACAGUCCGUUUCUACUUCGGCUGGAGCCCUACCGAGAGGAAUGAUUCAUCCCAUGGAGCUGGAAAGAUAGAGACUCGGAUUUUCGGGCUUUCUGCCUGUAAUACAUCUCAGCCACCCAGUAGAAGCCAUUGGCACAAACCCGUUCGCUCCCAGCGAGAGGCCGGCCGAGCUGUGUCCGCGCCCGUCCUGGACAGUCCCUCUUCCCCCGGGGAUGCCGGGGGUCAUUUCCCCGCUCCCCGCCGUGGGACCGCGCUCUCCUCUCGUGCUGCGCAAACCCGCCGCACGGAGCCGGUGUCGGCACCGGGAAUUGCGAGGGUGACUCGGUUUCGGAGGGAGGGACGGAAGGAGCGGGCAGGGCGGCUGUCCCGCUGCGCCUUUCCGUCCCCGCGGUGCCGCCGGCCCGGACGGGGCGAUCCUGCGGGCCGAGCAUGCUCACAGGGCGGCGGGGGCGGGCGGGCAGCACCGCGGGAGCGCAGCCCCGGCGCGCUGGGAGCCCGGGCGGGCACGGGGCGAGCGGAGCCCGGCUGGGAGCCACCGGGAGUCGUGGAGAGCGAGCCCAGAGGGAGCGGGCAAGGAGCCUGUGCCACGGGCAGGGUCCGCGCUGAGCGGAGCGGGGAGCCCGAGGGAGAAAGAGAGAGGCGGGCUGAGCGACGGAGAGGGGAGCGCCAGAGAGGCGGGUACCCAAACCGGGUCCGCGGGACAGAGACCGAGCAGGGGAACGCGCCGAACUGCGGAGCGGGAGCCCCUGGAAGGAGCCGCGGGGCGGAGACCUCGAGCAGGGGGAUCCCCCCGGGCGCCCCCGGCGCGGCGCAGGUGGCGGCGGGCAGCCUGCUGGCCCUGCUCAUCCUCUGGACGCUCUUUGGGAACGUGCUGGUGUGCGCGGCCAUCGUGCGCUACCGGCACCUGCGGAGCAAGGUCACCAACAUCUUCAUCGUGUCCCUGGCUGUCUCGGACCUACUGGUGGCCCUGCUGGUCAUGCCCUGGAAGGCGGUAGCAGAGGUAGCUGGGUACUGGCCCUUUGGGGCUUUCUGCAACGUCUGGGUGGCCUUUGAUAUCAUGUGCUCCACGGCCUCCAUCCUCAACCUGUGUGUGAUCAGUGUGGACAGGUACUGGGCUAUCUCCAGCCCUUUCCGCUACGAGAGGAAGAUGACCCAGCGCUUGGCUCUGGUGAUGAUCAGCGUGGCAUGGGCGCUGUCCGUGCUCAUCUCCUUCAUCCCUGUCCAGCUCAACUGGCACAAAGGUGGGGAUGUUGUUGCCACUGCUGAUAUUGGAGAUGGAUUUGGCACUGCCUGGGCAGCAGCAGGUGCUGUCACCACCUGGGCAGAAGAUAUGAGCACCACAUGGGUGGCAUUAGCAGCAGUGCGACCCUCUGAUGGGACCUCUGGCAGCAAUGAUACCCUCACUGGACCAUCAGAGAGCUGUGACUCCAGCCUCAACAGGACUUAUGCUAUUUCCUCCUCCUUGAUCAGUUUUUAUAUCCCGGUGGCUAUCAUGAUAGUUACCUACACUCGAAUCUACCGCAUUGCCCAGGUGCAGAUUCGUCGGAUCUCUUCCUUGGAGAGGGCAGCCGAGCAUGCACAGAGCUGCCGGAGCAGCCACAUCGACUGCCACCAUCACACAAGCCUCAAGUCCUCCAUCAGGAAAGAAACCAAGGUGUUGAAGACGCUCUCUGUCAUCAUGGGUGUCUUUGUCUGUUGCUGGUUGCCGUUCUUCAUCCUGAACUGCAUGGUUCCCUUCUGUGAGAGCCCACCCAGUGACCCCCACGCUGGCCUCCCCUGUGUCAGUGAGACCACCUUUAAUAUCUUUGUCUGGUUUGGUUGGGCUAACUCUUCUCUCAACCCCAUCAUCUAUGCCUUCAAUGCUGACUUUAGGAAGGUUUUCUCCAACCUCCUGGGAUGCGGUCAGUUUUGCUCUGGUACUGCGGUGGAGACUGUUAAUAUAAGCAAUGAGCUUAUCUCUUACAACCAGGACACCCUUUACCAUAAGGAGAUAGUGACUGCUUAUGUUAACAUGAUCCCAAAUGUGGUCGACUGUGAGGAAAAUCGCGAGGACCCUUUUGAUAGGAUGUCCCAGAUCUCCCCUGACCACGAGGUUGCCACUGACUCUGCCUGUGAGCUGGACUGUGAGGGGGAGAUUUCACUAGGCAAGAUAACACCUUUCACUCCGAAUGGUUUACAUUAAAUUGUGUCCUGGUCUGGUCAGUUCUUCUUGGAUUAUAAAAGAUAAUACUAACACUGAGUGGAGAAACCUGCUUGAUGAUGUGCUGUGGUUUGGUCAGUCAGUUUAUGCUAAAUGCACUUCUGUGGGUAGUACUUUGCAGGAUGUAGACACUGUCGUACAGUGGGCUGGCAGCACAAACUUCAAUCAGCACUUGCCCAGGCUGAGAGUGGACCAGGCAGUCCUGUUGGUUAGCUGUGGUGAGGUAUUGUGGUAUAAAUGCAGUCAGUUCAUGUUUAUAACGUGUUUGCAAAUGAAAGAUGCCAUUGUCACUGCUUAGUAUUAUGACUUCUAAAAUCAGGGACAGAUGUGGCUGGCAUAGACAUUAAAUAAAAAAUUCUGGGCUGUUUGUUUGUUCAGAUCUUAUGUUUAUUUUCAUCCAUUUCUUUGUUUGUUUAGUUUUGAUUUUUUUUUUUUUUUAAGAUAGAGAUAGUGAGGUGGUGAUUUGGAUGAUUAUUUAAAUGCGUGUUUCUGCCAAAACAGUUUAUGUGAAAUCCUUGUUCUCCUAGGCGGCGUUGUUGCCUAUGAUAUCCUCUGUUCCUGGAUGAAUAAAUAAAAGUUAUACUGAUCAAGGGUUUAUUAUCUUUCAUUUGUCACCCUGUAAGGUUUACAACUAGUAUUCCAACUAA